CUCGGUUCAGCCGCCAUUCUUCUCUCCCACAAAUAUCUACAUAUAACAUCCUCACCACAUCACAGAAAAUGAUUCAAACACAGACAUCAUACAACCACUCCACAAACCUCGCGUAUUCUGACACUAUCAUCGCGGAAACCUGCGUAAAAUAUGCAACCUACCAUCCUACAUCUCUGAUUCACCCACCCACCACCUGGCCUCCCCUGGCAACUCUAAUGGUACCUGAGAAAGGCACGAUGUGAGACUGACGUGACUACGACUUGUCGGUUCAUAACCCAACCACGCAUUCGCGACACGUUCUUGCACUUGUGCUCCGUUCUUGAUUUACGCGUUCUGG